CUGACUGGCACCAGACUGGAAACGAGGCCUUGCGGUCCGUGACAACAGUGCAUUUGCGAGCGUGAUCGCUGAGACGCGAGCUAAAAAUAACCAGGCGCGGUACGGGGGCCAAGCGGGACUUGGCUGAGCCCACAGAAUUCUACACUUAAGUGUAGAAUUCUGUGGCUGAGCCUAGGCCUAGGCCUUGCGAGCGAAGUGCGAAGCUUUCUAUAGCAGGGAGCAGGUCGUGGUUCCAGACAAUGCCUCUGCAUUCUACAUUCUUAAUUGUCUUCAGAUAAGGCUAGAUCUACACCAGAUUAGGAGCUUUGAUUAAGCAAGAAAGUAUAGAGGAUGUCUCCACCAGCUCAAGAAAUAGGUGUGGUCGUUGUUGGUUUGGGGAUGGCAGGGAAGUUCCGAGCCCGUGAUUUAAGGAAAGAAAAUUGUGCCUUGAGGUUGAGAGGCGUUGUAUCAAGGCGACCUAUUGAAAUGGAAGGAAUCAGAAGUUACACCUUGGAAGAAGCCUUGUCAGACAAAGAUGUGCAAGCUGUAAUAAUUUCAACAGAACCUGCCUGGCAUGAGGAGUACUCCAGGACUAGUGUUGCACGAGGAAAACGUAGCGCUGCUGACAGAAAAGUUUCUGGCUGUCAAAAAGAAAGCUGCAGUGUCUCCGAUCAAGUCGGUGACAUUCUCUCUAAAAGGAGUAAAGAAUACUUGGCUUGGAAAUUUUGAACAGUCUGGUCUCCCGUUUGUAUGCGGGGUCUCUGGGAUCCAAGUCCUGAUUUCUCUGUUUGGGAACUUGGCGGUCACUGGGGGAAGUCUCGACUCUCAAGACGACGGUUUCGCAGCCGUGGCCAAUAUGGAGACUGCAGGAGGCGGGUCAGUCAGCUACACGUUGACCAGAUUUGUAAAUAUGAAGAGAGAAAAGCAUGAGGUAUACACUUUUGAAGAUGGAGAAGUGCUGGAUACUGAUACGAUUGCUACUGACCCAAACAAAACAGGGCUUUUUGAACAAGACAUGCUUUUGUUCAACGGUGAAAUACAAGACGGCAAAAUACCGGAAGACAGAAAAAAUCUCAGCAUUUACGGUUUGGAAGUUGCAGAAAAAAUCCAUUCUUAUUUCUAGUAUAAAGUUUACCUUUUAUUGUUUACUUCACAGAUAGUGUCACAUGUUUGGCGACUUUUCUCAUGAAAUGUAUCUGGGAUUUUAGAGAUACGUGUAUUUGAAAACAUAAUUUAUAUUCUAUCCUAGGCGUGCAGGCCUACAACUGGUUUUGCCGCAGCUACCCAGGACAAUAAGUGAAGUUAACAAAUUUACAUGUAAUGACAAGUUUGUGUUUUCUCUUCCCCUUGACAAAAAUCAAGAAGUUGUGGUCUUGACAGGAAGUGUUGUGGAGGGUGCACCUGUGCAAGGCAUCACCUUCAAACACAAUGCUGAAGUGCGAAUGGGAUUCAGCACAGUUUUGCUCUGAGAAUAAGAAGCUAGGGCGGGAAUGAUGUGAAGAAAAAAUCCACACCUUUGACCGUCUUUGAGAGUAAAAGAAACUUUUGUUGGGGUGCAAUUAAAGUAAUUUCCUGUAGCUGAGGAUCUCCUUGUGCUUAUGAUACAGGUCUGUAUUUAAACGUAUCGUCCUUUUUAUACAUAUCACGUGCUGUGGAAGAGUCCAGUGCAGCACCACUUCAAUUUCAACGUUGGCCAUAGUCUUGAGCACAUGGGGGAAAAAGAAAAGCGUCUCGCUUGAAAGCAAACACUACAUACUAUAUCUCUACAUGCGAAAAACGCUGUUUUGGGAAAAUCAAAGGCAGUAUAGUUUUUAGACCCGUGUUCAGUUUCUUUAAAAUACAAGGAGAGUUUUCUCUAUAACCAAACAAAUACAUGUACACACAUCAAUGAAAACAAACUUCUCCUAUAGGCAGGGCAAUGCCCACUUUUGGUGUACGUCAAGAUUUCUGGAAACCACCCGAAAUCUGGGUUAGCCCACUUGUCCUUAGAAGGGACCAUGUAUGCUGUAACACUACAUGACUAGUUUUCAACACCUGUAACACUACAUGAAUAGUUUUCAACACCAGUCUAUGACAAGGUUGGUGUGGCAGCAAAGAGGAGAAAAUGAUUCUCAAUUGGAUCUACUAAAUUGCUUUGUAUUUUACGAAGUCGAAAAUUUUUAAUGGCUGGGCAUGAGAAUUUUGUGGUGAAUACAGCACUACUUCAAGCUUUCUAUCAUUAAUUUAAUCAGCUUUUUUGAAAAACAAAGAGUAGCCGUGGACCAAGCAACACUUAAAAGACAACUAAUACAUGUGCAUGAAGUAAGCACUUAUAAAAUCUACUGGGAUUCCACGAAAACACAGUGAAGCUUGCGUAAGCCAGAUCCGAUUGUCGAAAGAAGUAUAUUUCUCAUAAAAAAGCAUGUUGGGGCUUCUUUACUUUGAUUCUUCCCCUUCAUACUCACACUUUGACAUGGUUAAAGCAGAGGUGACUCUAGGAUGGAUCCUGAAGGGGGAGGGGGGGGGGGCAGAGAUGAACAUGUUACGACUGCAGUGACCCCAACACAGUGGACAAGUAAGACAGGUAAGUAAAGCAGAGGUUCCCAUCGUUGUUGAUGAAAAA